UUCGGUGUCGUCCCUCGCUUAACCAUUAAUAACCGACCGUCUUUACAUGGAUUGAAUAGGGGUAUAAUAUCGGACUUGCGAUCACAGUAGAGCAACAGUCAAGGAGAAGAGAAAGAAGAAUUUGGGGACUGGCCAACUACCGGAUUGAUUGAUAAAAGCUGAACUAGAUAUCUAGGGGGAACUAGCAGCAUUGGGUCAUUCGACUAGACUAAGCUGGGUUGGAUUUGAGACAUCGACUGCCGUCUCAAUUCCUCCUUUUGGCCGCGUGGCGCGCGUAGUUCCCGCCGCCUUUGUUGUUUAUUGUAAAGAAGACCGAACCUUCGCAUACCAUCCACCAACUUUACUAUGAAUACUCGAAAUGCGCCGGUCUCCCCUGUUUCUGUAAGCGCUAGAAGCGUAUGGUCCGACGCUCGAGGUCCAGUUUCUCCUCCCGACUCUAGCGAUUCCAACGGGAAUAUGAAUGGCUUCCCACCCGGCCCAAGAAGUGUUGGUGGUCCUUCGCCACCACCUUCGGUAGGACGAUCCAGUGCUUACGCCGGAAGCGAAAGUGGAAGGAGUAUACGCGAAGAGAAUGAAGCAGUUCUAGGAGAACAUUAUAUCGCUCUUAAGAGAUAUCUAUCGUCGACGUCUAAAGAUGGCAGAGCAAAUCCACCCCCUAACAAGGCACGCGACAAAUUAUUGCGACUGUCAUCCGUUCAAUUCCUCGAAUUAUCUACCGAUGUUUUUGACGAAUUGAUGCGACGACAGGCCUAUAGCCGAAGACCACCUAAUGCUCCCCCAAAUGUUGGUCCGCCGUCCUACUUAUUACCCGAAGACACCUUCCACCCGAAGCGUAACCAAGCACGUCAGAAGUUGUCAACUUUGGGUUCACCGAGAUUUAGGGAUUUGGCGACCGAUGUAUUCUGUGAAUUGGAAAGGCGAAUUCCUCGUUUUAUUGCUGGUGAUAUACCACGAAUGAGUACUCCUGGAAUGCCUGGAAGUCGAGCCGGUACACCAAUUAGUAGUAUGGGACCUAGAGGACCGAAUGGUAUGCGACGACCAUCCGACGCGAGUUCUAUUCGCUCAGCAGCUCCAAGAAUAACAGGCGACUAUCCUGUACCUCCAUCUCCCGGCCUUCCGAAUGGCAAUUUCGAUCGACCGCUCCCCAAACAAUUCCAGAGCAAUACAAUCGUACCCAACAAAAGUACUAUGGUUGAGGAAGAUGAUGAUCUAGGCGGUUCUAGUAGUGGUGAGAAUGAAGGAUUCAGAUCAGUCAACCGAGCAAGUAAAAGAAGUACAGGAACAAAUGGUAUAUCUGACGUGGAUAAGAAACUUAUCGACGACUACCAAAACCAAGUGCGAGAACUACGAGAAAAGCUAGAUAGCAUGGAAGAUCAAUUGAAGAAAAAGGAUGACGAACUUAAUCAAUUAAUGGAUGGCGAACGAUCUCGUGCGACGGCCUCGAAUCUAGAAAAGAAAGAGUGGGAUGACUUGCGAACAGGUCUCGAAGACAAGUUGAACGACGCGCAAGGUCUUAAUGACUCGUUGCGGGACGAACUCGAUAGAGUACGAGACGACCAUGCUAUGGAGACACGCAAAUUAAGAGAAGAGAUCGAAGAAGCUCAAAACAACAGGGGCGUCGGAGGUGAUUCCGACUUAAUCAGGGAGAAUGAAGAAUUGCGAAUGGCGCUCGAAGAGCAACAACAUGUGACAGAAAGUGUCAGACUUGAAGCUCGACAAUUCUUGGAAGAGAUGAAGGUAUUAUCGCAACAACAUAGUCCAUCUUGGGAGAGACAAUCCGAAUUAGAGAAAACGGUUGAACGACUCGAGCAAGAAGUCCGGGAUUGGCGAAACCGAUACGCCCGAACUAAGACUCAACUUCGCAGUAUGCGUGCCUCGUCAACAGCUCUUACGAUUGACCAAGAUGUGGCCAAAUAUGUUAGAGAAAAGGGUUUCACCGAAGAACAUGGCCUCGUCAAGGAUGUUCACGUCACCAAAUUCCAAAUCGCCGUCGAUGAAUUACUACAGCGAUCUCGAACCGACGACCCUGAAAAGGUAAUCGAUUCUAUGAAAUCGGUUAUCGUUAGUGUCCGUCGUAUCACUAAAGAUGUCGAUGAGUCGCAGCUGAAUGAUGGAGAAUUGGUCCAACAACAAACGAAACUUAAGAGCCGAGUUUCUGCCACUGCUAACAAUUUGAUUACUGCGUCCAAGAAUUUUGCGUCAAGCGCUGGAAUUUCCCCAGUUUCCUUACUUGAUGCCGCCGCUUCUCAUCUUGUUGCCGCUUUGGUAGAGUUGUUGCGACAUGUCAAAGUACGCACCACGCCCGCUGACGAGUUAGAGGAAGAGGAUGAUGGAACAAUUACGCCAGUCGAUUCGACUGGACUUUUCUCGAACCGUACUACGACGACGCAACAAGAUGCGUUUCUGAAAGCGCAAGAAUCACCCCUCGUACCACCUCCACCUUUCCAAGGUCUACGAGCAGGAAUGCGUGAUAGUGCCAAUUCCUCUGCGUAUAGCCCUGUUAGUUCGCCACGGGAAUCUAGUGAACGAUAUAAUGGUGGUGUAAAUGGGAUGUCUUACAUGGGCCUGAAUAAGAAUUUACCUACCCCUCCUAAUGGCCUCGGACGACAGGAUAUGAAAAAUGAAGACUUGAAGAUCUAUUUGGAAGACCAGACCGAGAUUAUGGUUCAGACUAUUCAAGGGCUAGUCGGUUCCAUUCGUGGCGAUGCGCCUAUCCAGCAGAUCAACGAUGAAAUCACUACUAUUGCUGAUAUUGUCGGUAAAGUUGUGAUGCAAACUGAGGAUUACGGAAAUGGUGGCGAUAUGACCGACCGUCUUUCCGCUUGUCGUCAACGAUUACUCGAAGCUGGCGAGCAGGGUAAGGACCUAGCAGCUCGUGGUUUAGGCGAAAAUGACCGGGAAUGGCGUAUGUGGACACAAACCCUUCCACCUAUUGCCUUUGAAAUCGUCCGCGAAACCAAGGAAUUAGUUCAACGAAUCGAUCGCCUAGUUAUGUCACCAACAGCAGACGACUUUUCUUAGAAGGAAUGUACGAAGCGAACGAGGUUUACGCCGUUACUAUUACCGCCGUUACGUCUCUGUUAUUAAUUUCCGACUUCUUCUCUUUUCUUUCUAACUUAUCUAUUUUACAUUUUUAUCAUUUUC